AUGAAGAAAGAGUUGAAAUAUCUUCUUUAUAGUCAUUUGGUCAUAGUGGUGUUCCUUAUCUAUUAUCUAUUUGAUUUGAUUACAUUAUUACAUGAUGAUAGUUAUAGCGAUGCAUUGUUGGACGUAGAAUUGAAUCCUCAUGAUAACAAAAUCAACAAACCCUUAAUUAUCCCUAAAAUCAUUCAUCAAACUUAUAAAACCACUGAAAUUCCUGAAGUCUGGCAAAAGGGUCAACAAUCAUGCAUCGAUUUACACCCAGAUUAUCAAUACAUUUUAUGGACUGAUGAAAUGUCCCGUGAUUUUAUUGCUGAACAAUUUCCUUGGUUCUUAAAGACUUGGGAUAAUUAUAAAUAUCCUAUUCAAAGAGCUGAUGCUAUCAGAUAUUUUGUAUUAGUUCAUUAUGGUGGUGUUUAUAUUGAUUUGGAUGAUGGAUGUGAAAGAAGAUUAGAUCCAUUGUUAACAGUUCCAAGUUUUGUUAGAAAAACUAUUCCAACAGGUAUCUCAAAUGAUGUAAUGGGAUCAAUACCAAAUCAUCCAUUUUUCUUAAAAGUUAUUGGUAGUUUGGAGAAGUAUCAAAAAAAUUGGUUGGUUCCUUAUAUCACAAUUAUGUACUCAACUGGUCCAUUAUUCUUAUCAGUAAUUUGGAAACAAUAUAAAAGAUGGGGAUUACCAGAAAUUUCAAAAGUUAGAAUUUUAUUCCCAAAAGAUUAUAAAACUCAUACUUAUUCAUUCUUUGCAAUUUCCCCUGGAUCUUCAUGGCAUUUAGAUGAUGCUAAAUUUAUCAAAUCUUUAGCUGAUCAUUUAAUUUUAGCUGUUUUUGGUGGAUUUUUGAUAUUUUUAUUAAUUUUCUCCUUAGAAUAUUGGUUGUAUUAUUUGAUUUUAAAUAGUUCUUUCAUUAAGUCUAAAUGUGUUAAAUGGUUUAAAUUGAAAUUUAAAGGAAGAAAGAGAAAAGAUUCUAAUCUCGAAACUUAUAAAUUUAAUGAUGUAUGA